AUGCCAGAAAGACUAACGGAGAUGCUUAUGGAUGUAUGGACUCCAUUAAUAAUAUUAUGGAUUACUGUUCUUCCUUCCAUUUAUAUGGCUCCAUUGAAUCAAUCUGAAAUAUUACCAAGUGGAUCCAGUAUGGGACUAAGUGGGCUCAGUGGAGAACAGAAGGUUUUGAACCGUUCGAAGAGGGGCUGGGUUUGGAACCAAAUGUUUGUAUUAGAAGAAUUUUCUGGACCUGAACCAAUAUUAGUUGGCCGGCUACACACAGACUUGGAUCCUGGAAGCAGCAAAAUCAAGUAUAUCCUGUCAGGAGAUGGAGCUGGGACAAUCUUUGUGAUCAAUGACAAGACUGGAGAUAUUCAUGCUAUGAAAAGACUUGACCGUGAGGAAAAGGCAGAGUACACGCUAACAGCGCAAGCAGUCGAUGGGGAUACAAACAAACCUCUGGAACCGCCAUCAGAAUUCAUUAUUAAGGUUCAAGACAUCAAUGACAAUGCACCAGAGUUUCUUGAUGGCCCAUAUCAUGCCACUGUUCCAGAAAUGUCCAUUGUGGGUACCUUUGUUACUAAAGUAACGGCCACGGAUGCAGAUGAUCCAGUUUAUGGAAACAGCGCAAAGCUGGUUUACAGCAUUUUGGAAGGACAGCCUUACUUCUCCAUUGAACCACAUACAGCUAUAAUUAAAACUGCCCUCCCUAACAUGGACAGGGAAGCCAAAGAAGAAUACUUUGUGGUCAUCCAAGCAAAGGAUAUGGGUGGACAUAUGGGCGGACUGUCUGGAACCACAACAGUGACAAUUACACUCACUGAUGUUAAUGACAACCCUCCCAAAUUUGCACAGAGUCUGUAUCACUUCUCAGUAACGGAAGACAUUGCUCUUGGGGAGCCAAUAGGAAGGGUUAAAGCAAAUGACCUGGAUAUUGGAGAAAAUGCUAAAUCAUCCUAUGACAUCAUUGAAGGAGAUGGAAUGGAUAUAUUUGAAAUCACAUCAGAUGUUCAGACUCAGGAUGGUAUUAUUAGACUGAGAAAGCCCCUGGACUUUGAGACCAAAAAAUCCUAUACUCUGAAGGUAGAAGCAGCCAACGUUCAUAUUGAUCCUCGCUUCAUCAGUGGAGGACCAUUCAAGGAUACAGCAACAGUAAAAAUUGUAGUGGAGGAUGCUGAUGAACCACCAGUCUUUUCAUCACCUACUUAUCUACUGGAAGUGCAUGAAAAUGCUGCUAUUAACUCUGUGAUUGGUCAGGUGACCGCUCAUGACCCUGAUGUGUCUUCUAGUCCUAUAAGGUUUUCCAUUGAUCGACAUACUGACCUUGAGAGACAGUUCAACAUUAAUGCAGAUGAUGGAAAAAUAACUUUGGCAACACCACUCGACAGAGAAACCAACACGUGGCACAACAUAACUAUUGUAGCUACAGAAACUAGGAACCACAGUCAAGUAUCCCGAGUGCCUGUUGCUAUCAAAGUUCUUGAUGUAAAUGACAACGCUCCUGAGUUUGCAUCAGAGCAUGAAGCCUUUUUAUGUGAGAAUGGGAAGCCUGGACAAGUAAUUCAGACUGUCAGUGCCAUUGACAAAGAUGAUCCUAAAAAUGGACAUUUUUUUCUAUAUAGUCUUCUUCCUGAAAUGGUCAACAAUCCGAAUUUCACCAUCAAGAAAAAUGAAGGUAAUACACUCAGCAUUUUGGCAAAGCACAGUGGAUUCAGCCGUCAGAAGCAAGAAGUGUAUCUUUUACCAAUCGUAAUAAGUGAUAGUGGAAAUCCUCCCAUGAGCAGCACCAGCACCCUUACAAUUCGGGUCUGCGGUUGCAGCAGUGAUGGUGUUGUUCAGUCCUGUAACGUUGAAGCUUAUGUACUUCCUAUUGGACUCAGUAUGGGAGCCUUAAUUGCCAUAUUAGCAUGCAUCAUUUUGCUGCUAGUUAUUGUGGUGCUGUUUGUAACAUUGAGAAGACAUAAAAAUGAGCCUCUGAUUAUCAAAGAUGAGGAAGACGUGAGGGAAAAUAUAAUCCGUUAUGAUGAUGAAGGAGGUGGCGAAGAAGAUACAGAAGCUUUUGACAUUGCGACUUUGCAAAAUCCAGAUGGAAUUAAUGGAUUUUUACCCCGUAAGGAUAUUAAGCCUGAUCUUCAGUUUAUGCCCAGGCAGGGGCUUGCACCUGUUCCUAAUGGUGUUGACGUUGAUGAAUUUAUUAACGUAAGGCUUCAUGAAGCUGAUAAUGAUCCCACGGCUCCACCUUAUGACUCCAUCCAGAUUUAUGGCUAUGAAGGAAGAGGCUCAGUGGCUGGUUCCCUUAGUUCUUUGGAGUCCUCUACAUCAGACUCAGAUCAGAAUUUUGACUACCUCAGUGAAUGGGGUCCCCGCUUUAAAAGACUUGGAGAACUCUACUCAGUCGGAGAAAGUGACAAAGAAACUUGA